CCAGGAUUGGUGAUGGGUUCCCUGAGGCUCGUAAGCCCCAUUAACUGCACACAGCUUCCCCGGCCAGAACAUCCCCCCCACGAUGGCCGAGGACAGCAGCAGUACCAGGGAGUGCGUGUCCUUCAGCGUGCUGAACUGGGAUCAGGUCAGCCGGCUGCACGAGGUCCUGACUGAGGUCGUGCCCAUCCACGGACGAGGCAACUUUCCGACCUUGGAGAUAACCCUCAAGGACAUCGUCCAGACCGUCCGCAGCCGGCUGGAGGAGGCAGGCAUCAAAGUGCAGGACGUCCGGCUGAACGGCUCUGCCGCUGGACACGUCUUGGUCAAGGACAACGGCUUGGGUUGCAAAGACCUGGACCUGAUCUUCCACGUGGCUCUCCCCACCGAGGCAGAAUUUCAGCUGGUCAGAGACGUGGUCCUGUGUUCCCUCCUGAACUUCCUGCCCGAGGGCGUGAACAAGCUCAAGAUCAGCCCCGUCACCCUCAAGGAGGCCUAYGUGCAGAAGCUGGUGAAGGUCUGCACGGACACAGACCGCUGGAGCCUGAUUUCCCUCUCCAACAAGAACGGGAGGAACGUGGAGCUCAAGUUUGUCGACUCCAUCCGGCGUCAGUUUGAGUUCAGUGUGGACUCUUUCCAAAUCAUCCUGGAUUCUUUGCUUUUCUUCUAYGAUUGCUCCAGUAACCCCAUCUCUGAGCACUUCCACCCCACCGUGAUCGGGGAGAGCGUGUACGGGGACUUUGAGGAAGCCUUCGACCAUCUGCAGAACAGACUGAUCGCCACCAAGAACCCAGAAGAAAUCCGAGGCGGGGGACUUCUGAAGUACAGCAACCUUCUCGUGCGGGACUUCAGGCCCACGGACCAGGAGGAGAUCAAAACUCUGGAGCGUUACAUGUGCUCCAGGUUUUUCAUUGACUUCCCGGACAUCCUCGAACAGCAAAGGAAGUUGGAGACCUACCUUCAAAACCACUUCGCCGAAGAAGAGAGAAGCAAGUACGACUACCUCAUGAUCCUUCGCAGGGUGGUGAACGAGAGCACCGUGUGCCUCAUGGGCCACGAACGCAGGCAGACCCUGAACCUCAUCUCUCUCCUGGCCUUGCGCGUGCUGGCAGAACAGAACAUCAUCCCCAACGCCACCAACGUCACCUGUUACUACCAGCCAGCUCCUUACGUCAGCGAUGGCAACUUCAACAACUACUACAUCGCCCAUCCUCCAGUCACCUACAGCCAGCCUUACCCUACCUGGCUGCCCUGUAACUAACCUUGAGACCUGAGGGUUCCCGCCGUGGGAACCCCGUAGGGCCAGGGCUCUCAGGUAGGGGAGCCUCCUCCUAGAUGUAGGUGUUUGGCUUUUUAAAGGGGAACUCAGCUCUGAUUCUGCUUUUUUUUUUUUUUUUUUUUUCCUUUGUGUACCCAUUGGAAUGGGUCCGCAGUAGAUCAUGAGCCAACCCUAAAAAAAAAAAAAAAAAGAGACCCAUAUAACAGUGCCACUUUGGAAAAUGCUAUAGGAAGUGUGACCUAGCCACAUCUUUCCAAGAUAGACACUAACAUGUCACAUCCCAAAGGGUCAGCACAUGGGGUUUUGAGCUCUGUGCAAUCCUUGGGAUUGGGAGUGCUUGGGCAGCAGAUGAGAAGUGUCAAGCUGCUGCUUCUCAGCUGAGCCUGGAGGAGGCUCUGUUGGCCCUCACUCGGGAUUCUCAGCAGUGACACGAACCUCUGUUGUGCGGAUAGUCUCUCCUCUUGUGUCAGUUUUAGUCAGGCAGAAAACGAUCAACGUGAGGGUGCUCUUGUGACUCAAUUUUUGUUCACAGGACUAAAUUGCAUAUGUCUAGUUCCUGUCAGCAGAGCUGAGAAUUUUCUUUCAUCAAUAAACCAAAGCCAAUAGCUGGAGACUUGAGAUCUGGUUGGAAGUGGUUUAUGGUUUAGAUGCUGUGCUAUCUUGAGGAAUUAUGAAAUAUUGCUGAGAAAAAAAAAAGAUGACCUUUUCUUGAAAUGUAACUUGAAAACAAAAUAAAAUGUGGAACAUAAUGUUAAAGUAGAAUUGUGGUGGUGGUGAGGGGGGUGGUGGAUUGUAAAUAGGAAAUGUGAAUGUCCUUUUUCUUUUUCUUUUCUUUUCUUUAAGGAAUUCUUAUUGAAUGACACUUUUCGUCCUCAGCUCUCUCGUGGAUGACUUUUGUGUUGCUCCUCCUAAGGACGGUCAGUGCUGUUUCUGGACGCGUUGUUGUAACUGAUGUAAGGGUUUUCCCAUGUUUUAAUUGGAAACCCAUGUUUUUCUGGAGUACUUUGGCUAUUUUGUUGUUGUUGUUGUUGUUUGUUUGUUUUUCUUUACUUUUGAAAAACAAAAAAGUGAUUUUCUUCUCCAGGUAUUCUUUGACAGCUAGUGAAUUCAGGAAUUUCAGUAGAAUUGAGUGACCUGUGGAAGUGCUUAGAUUCUAACCUGUCCCUGUGCCACAUGAAGGUGGGGGUUUAGCAUUAAGUCUGGCCUUGUGUGCUUUCAAGGCAGUUUGAAAUCAUUCCAGUGUAUUUGAGGAAGCAUUGGGUGAGUGAAGAAUUAUCUUCCUUAUUCUGGUAGAUUUGACCAUACUUGUUUAUAUUCUGCACUUUAGAAGGACAACAGUGUUAAACUCUAGUCUAAAGCAAGCUUAGUCAAUGGGAGAGAUCUAGCCUACAUAUUGCUUUCCAGAGUAGCUUUAGAUUGUAUGCUUUAAAAAUUUUUUUUUUGUGUGUGUG